AUGGAGAUCCCGUGCACUCCUCAGAUGACCCAAACCGACACCUCACCAGCCUGGAGAUAUGCUCAACCAUCGUUUGCGGCAAAUCCUGACCCGACCGACCAUUGGUUUGUUCUUGGCCGGGGUGCUCAGACGGCACUCUCUGGGCGCCAAGCUGCCGAGAGUCGUUCAAGCCAGCGGAGGUUGCCAAUUUCUCCGCCGAACAGCGGAUAUACGAGGUUGCCGGGCAAGGUCGAGCGGAGGGUUACACUCUGCUACACGUACUCUCAACGAGAUUCACGCCUCAGUGGCGAUGUCGUGCAACAACGUUACAGACCAUGGCCUCCCCAGCCUUAG